AUGGGAGACGGUGCCAACGUCUUUAACACUUUCAGCUUCAACAAAUGGGCCGAUGGCAAACGCGAGGAGGAAAUCGAUAAAGAGAGCCGAAAGCGGCGCGCCGAGCAGAUUAAACGCUUGAAAGAGAGACUGCGAAAGGAGCGAGCACUACGCGAGGAGGCUGGAAACGGCGAUCUCGAUCUGGAAGCGCUCAUCGAAGCACUUCAAAAGGGAGAAAUCAUCAAUAACAAUCCAGCUCCCGCUGCUUCUAAUCCGGCGCCGGUUGUCAUGGAAACGCAGACGAGCGCGAAAUCGUCAAACAAAAACAAAUCGAUCCCCGAUGAGCUGUCCGAUGAUUAUAUCUUCAAUGAAAUCAAUAUGUAUGUGAGGGGCAAAAGUGAAAUCCAGGAAAUGAGUGUUCUCGAUUACACACCGCCCGCGGAACAAGAGCCAAUCCCUAAGCCUGAUCCGAUUUCCUUCAAAUACAAUCGCAGGCAUAAUAUGGAAGCGAGUCGAGCGCCUAGUAUGGACAAUACAAGUUUUAAAUAUAAUCGAAUGUUGGACAAAAUUUCGAAAUAA